ACAACCGAGAGCCACCUGGUAGGCUCAGGCUCUCGGUGCCGCAGCCUGAUCCGGGCCCGGACAUCGCGAUGCUGAAGCGCUUCAUGGCCGACCUUCCCAACCCGGGCACGCUUGAGCAGCUCAAACGCGAGGCGCAGGGCAUUCUCUCGCCUGACGUCUUCGACGGCGCACGCUUCGAGUUCAACAAGACGCUCAGCCCAAAGUUUGCGCUGAACCACAACGUCUUUCUGGGCUCGGCGCAGAUGCCUGCGUCGUACGAGUUCGGCGCCAACUUUGGCGACGAGCGCGUGUUGAUUGCGAGCCGCGUCGACAUGGGCGGCCGUCUCAACGGCCGGAUCAACGCGCAGUUUGGCGAGUCGUUUGCCGCGAGGCUGCAGGCGCAGGCGUCGCCAGAGUCGCCGGGGCAGAUGCAGUCGCUCAAGGCCGAUCUGGACUACAAGGGCUCCACCUGCUGCGCCGGCGCCACCUACAUGGGCGGCGGCCUCCUCGGCGCCAACCUCAUGCAGAGCAUCACUCCGUGGCUGGCAGUGGGUGGCGAGGGCUUCUACCACACGCAGAAGGAGGUGAAGGGGGGUGCGGUGGCUGCGCGGGCGCAGUGGGGGCACAAGGGCGAGCACGUCGCCACCGCAAAGGCGGGCUCCUUCGGAAACGUCGAGCUCUCCUACCAGCGCAAGGUGAGCGACAAGGUCGGCCUCGCCACAGAAAUGCAGUACUACCACAACCAGUUCUGCAACUUCGGGGUGGGGUACGAGUUUCGCUUGCGGCAGGCCACCUUCAAGGGGCUGAUACAGUCGGACACGACCUGCAGCGCCUCGCUCGAGGAGCGGAUCAACCCAAACAUGAACCUGAUGCUCUCCGGCCAGCUCAACCACAAGAAGAAGGACUAUAAGUUCGGAUUCGGCGUGGUGAUCGGGGCGGCGUGAAUGGCCCAUCGCGCGCUCGGGAGGGGCAUGAUUCGUAUAUUGGUGUCACAGGGGGCGGGCGGAUUGGCGUUGGGCUCGUUGGGGCCCACAGGCUGUGGGACUGACAUGGACCUGGACCUGUACCUGUGCCGCUGUGGGACUCGCGAGCCGCGCGAUCAUGUCCCCGCGCGCUCCGCUCCAUUGCUCAGUGGUUGUCUUCUAUUCGCGCGCGCUUCGUGCCUCAAUAAGUUCAUCUAUUUGAGUAUUGAAAUUGAGAGACCCACCG